UGAAUUUAAUGCUAGCUAGCGGAAUUAGGAAUCUCCUUAGGAAUCCCUUUGCGAAGCAAUCUGUCCAGACUUGAAAUCGUGUGCUGGGCGGGGUCGUUAAUAUAUGAACCAACAUUGGAAUUUACUCCGCUUCUUUACAUGCUCAGUGUUACAAUAUCAUCGAGACUCCCUCUUCCUUCGCACUCAGAUGCCAUGAUUUCUAGACGAUGGAUAUUAUAUUCUCUAUUGAAUACUUGAAGUCGUGCUCGAACUGUGCGCUUCCGCGUAUUUCAAUUCCAAUCCUGCGGAUCAUAUCCACCAACAAACUGCCAAUUACAAGAAUGUCAACCAACACAAUUAGGGCCAAUUCCAACGGCUUCUACUGAUAUUCCUGAGAAAGCCUUGAAGCUGGGCACGAAGCUGGCUGGUCAAACCGGGAUUCUAUCCACUCCUUCAACACAGAGCAGAACCCCCUAUUAUCCUGCAUAUACCUCCUAUGCUGCUGCCCGUAUCAAUAUCCCUUUGGUCAUUUUUCCCUUCAACCUUGUCGUAAGUAUGCCCAAACCCUGUCUUUCGGAAACGUGAUAUUUCAAUGACAUCGUCCUUUUUUUCAAAUUGCAUUUUUACAACGCUUCGGAGGAUUAUUUUCCGUAUUGAUACGGAAGGAAAGAACUGCUGUGAAUCGCCUGCUUUCUCAACCAUGGGGGCGGGCCAGUCCUCGUCGGCCUCAUGGCGCGAUCUUAAAUAUAACAUCAGUGGCUGACGAAAUUCACAACUGAUGACCCUAAAAAUCGCAUCUCCAUGUGGCAGGACAUUGACAAGUCCUUUAGGGCUAUCAAUGACAAGUUUUGAUCUAAAUAAGGAUUAAGGCCAAAGAUGCUCUCAAGCAACCUUGGUUUCAAGAUGAAUGAAUCAAAACAAUACCCAAUCGUUCUGGUUGAAUUGAUUGUUUGAAGCAGGACAUUUAUCACAGCUCCCCUCUUUUCUGUUCUUCUCCUGACAUUAAUUCGCCUAAAUAAUGAAUUAUGUGGCUACCUUCCGCGUAGUGCCUACAGGGCCCGGGUUUGGUGGAUAUUAAAGCUCCUGCUCACUCAAGCGAAUAUUCCAACCCCGAUUUCUCAACCGAACUCAAUUGGGGUACCUUGGAGCAUUCACGAAGGUGGGCUACGCUUAUGUCGUAUAUUAUUUUAGAGGAUAUGAACCCUGUCAUGUCGUUAGAAUGCCAGACCGGUGCGCUAUCGUCCAACAACCUAUCAAGAUCGAGCAGUAGCCGCCCUCACUGAUGCGCCUCCAACCUCGAACAGUCGGAGGUUUUAAAAUGAACUUCACCGGGAUUUACCCAGCAGACACAUUGGGCAUGGCGGGGCUCGCAUUUUGAAUAAGAGCUAAGCGUUACAGAGUCCGCAGAAUGCCACCCGACAAACCCCUUAUUAGUCGAGCAGAACUGGAAAGAGAUGGAAUGGUUUACUUUGAAGGCGUUUUCUCAGAGGACGCAAAUGGAGAUGUGUCGCUUUCCCUGCCAGCUCACGUUGAGUCUUACAGACAAGCCCUCUUAGACUUUAGUUCUUUGGGGCCCGACCGCAGUAAACCUUUCACUCCGGGGAGAUUUCCGGCCCCGCCUAUACAGCAUAACCCCGCCCCGCUCCUUUCCAUGACUGAGGAUGGGCGGCGGAGGAUAGAUCACUGUGCCGGCCUAUCCAAGAGAGCUAGGGAUCUAGCUCCUCCAUAUACUCCGGAUUAUAAAUGGCAAAGCCUUCUGGAGGAGAUAUUCAAAGAGUAUAAAAGCCGUUUUCCAAGUGGCAGGGACCAACAGGCGUUGUUUGAUCAAUUUUCUCUAGAGAAGAAUAUUCUUUGGGAUGACACGAAGAAAUAUGCGGAGAAAUGCCCAAAACCAAAUUUUACCUAUGGAUACCCAAUUAUUAGAGAUGUCCCCAUCGCUCUUCGAUCAGCAGAGCCUGUGACGAAUUUUUCGUUUGAGGUACUUGGGGACCUACGCUCUGCGGGCCUGAUAUCCUCUCCAGUUGGCAGCCUUCAUGGAUGGACGAAGGACAAGUUCACCUUUCUCUCUCCGGACAAGUUCAUCUGCUUCCCCUGGGCGGUGGUUGAGCAGUGCCGUGGUCUUUUCCCAUUCGAGGAAAACUACGCACAUGCAGCGAAUGCGGCAUUAGUUGCUCUGCGGCUUAAUGAAGAGCUCUCUAAGUUUGCUACAGGCAGCUACGAUUCUAUUCCUCCCGUAGUUGCAUUUACAUGUGUUGGAUCGGAGAUCAGAGUUUGGCUGGCUUAUUCCGAAAUAAAGGACAAUCUUUGUCAUGUCCAUAGAAUGGUAUGUAUCUGGCAGCACAGCCUGAGUCAAGACCGGGGUGUACUUGAGACUUGCGUUAUAGUGGAAAAUAUGUUGCUUUGGUCAUCCCGAGUAUGGAAACCGAAGAUUUCAGGCUAUAUCAGCCAAAUACGGCAAUGUAAUCCAGCGCUUUUUUUCCCUGGCUAUUCCCCAAAACCCACGAUAUUAUCGUCCAGGAUCAACUCUUUUGAACCUUCAGUCAAGAGCACACAGCCUAAACCCGCAGAACCAAUGUUUGUAUUUGGUGCUCAACGCCCGUCAAGCUCAAAAGCAAAUAACCCGGAUCCUGCAUCAUGUACCUCGAUAUUCACAUCUGGCGAGCAACACCUAUCUGCACCCAAAGGAAAUGACCAAGACCCUGGACCUGGAAAAUCCCCGCCUGCAAAUCUCAUUGCAAAUACAACUGGAGGCUCUACAAAAGACGAACGACGUGGGCGCAAACCGGUGGUGAGAUUACCGAAAGUCAAGUAUGACGAAACUCGCGGAUCCGAACAGAAACAGGGAAAUGACAUGCAGCGGGCAUCGCGCGCGGAUCCCGCCACUGAUACGAUAAUAACGACGGAAGAAUGCACCACGCAUAACACACUGGGAAAUGCUCAUAGUUUGGGGCUUGAUUCAGUACCAGAAUCAGCUGUGGCGUUGGAGAUAUUGAGUGAGCGGAUCAACUCAUUAGAUUUGGAUAAAAGUGUGCAGACCGCCGUUGGUAUUCAAUCAACUGGAAAGGGCAAAAGUUCCCAUGCAAGCAAUGUAACCGAAGGUGAUACCGACAAGGAGAGUCGAGAAAACCCCGCGGGGGGACCUCAGGCGGCCAACCUAGAAAAGCCAUCGCGGACGACAUCGGCCAUCGGAAACUCUAGCACCGCCGUGAACUCGGAUUCUCGCAGCAAACAAGGCGCUAGGACCAUUGAAAAGGAUUUAAACCCAUUGACCGAAAGAUCGGAGAAUGAUCGUCCCCACCAACCCAACAGUGCACUUUCAAAUGAUGGCAACUCUUUGUCCGCUGGGUCGUCCAAGCAGGACGUCCGCGAAGGACGAGAGGAUUUUCCUGAAUACAGCGAGGGAUUUCAAGACUCUCCCGACGAGCCCGAGCUGAUGAUUGGUCCCUGUCCACACUAUGGAGCUAUGGUGGCCGAGUCGCUCCAGUUGCUCUUGGGCGAUGAACUGCUGCGACUCGAGGCAGUCUCGAAAAUUAUCCUCGAACUCCAAGGGCACGAGCUCCUUGAUGUGUCUUGGAGUGUUCUGGAGCUUUGGGUGGCUCAGCAUGCAAAUGUCCCGUCGCCGUGUGCGGCACUGGACAAGAUUAUACAGGAACUCAAUGAUGCCCUCGGAUCGCCAGAUACUAUUGUUACUCCAGAGCAGAUGUGGGCAAGCGAACCGGACACAUGGAAAAAUAUAGAUAAGGCUUUGCAAAGCAUUUUGAAGUCGAGCGAGGGGACAUUACGGAAUAUAUUGGAAUGGGCAAUCGAAUCCAUGGAUCUCCUCGAGGGACUGGAGCUUUGUAAUAUCCUGAAACUUGGGGAGCUUUCUUGUUUGGAACUGAAACGCAUGGACCAGGAGAUCAUUGACAUUAUGCUCGAUUCGGUGGCCCCUCGACAAGCCCUGCUGACGCGGCGGGGCUGAUGCAUUCCGCGGGUGUGACGCCGUAGAACCGGUUGGGAGCGAUGAAGAAAAAAAGGUUAUGGUUAUUGGACGCAGCGUAGUACUAGGGGGGAUUACACCAUACUUACAAAUUAUUGUUGCACCAUGUAUGCUUUCCGAGCCUAUUUUCCAUCACUUCCGUGAGAGAGGAAUAUGAACGGUGGAAUGAGAAUGUCCGAGCGGCUUUCAGACGACCACUCCGCCUAAUUCGUAAGGGUGGUGUUGAAUCUUCAGCGUUGCGAGUGGCAAUAUCUACACAACGAAUGUACAAAUGGAUUGAGCUGGGCUUGAAAAGAGUCAGGAUGCAGGGGAUCCAGAACUUAAGGAGACGCUCGCAGGUGAAAAUCACAAUGAAGAAGCAGAGGCGUUGUGUUCUAGGCUUCGGAUAUAAAGAAUCCCGUUUCGAGCAACCAUUCGAAGUACAGUAACUACCUCCCGGCUACCGGCAUGCUCGCAGAAACCCUGAUUUAAGGUGCAUAAUCUUCGUAUGAAAGCGAGCCUUCGAAGCUGUGUAUCCAGGGGAGAUUGGCGUGAAACAGAAGAAUGAUGCCGCACAUGUAAUUGAUAUCCCGUCCGGCUAUAAUUUCUCUUCUUCCAGCGUAGUGGAGCUUAACCAAUCGGGCUCUCCCACUCUUGAGAUGAACCAACCUGGAGACCGGUAGCACAAACGGGCUGUGAGAGCCGGCUACAGGGCGGGCUGCAUGGACAAAGGCAGAUCAGGAUGGCCAUUCCGAUACACAAAUAGCAUGAACAUAGGAAUAUUAGUAGUAUAGGUAAUUCCAUCAUUCUCCUGUCUCCAA